CCGCCCCUACCGUAUAGCAGUCACGUAGGGGGAAGGACGACCCAGGUCAUUGAGUACUUGUACCUGCCUAUGAUAAACCUUAUUCUUAAUAUUAUAUGAUAUCUUCCUCAGGAGUGCAUGUUUGAUGAGCAUGGAGAGUGUGUUUUCGAAUCCGAUAGAGUGUCUGGGAAAAGGGUUUGAUUUCACGUGUGAUUUCCGUUUGAAGUUUGCCAAGGGAAAAGGAAGUAGAAGAUUGGUGGUUGUUGAUGAAGAGAAAAGGAGGGACAUUACUGUUCCUGGUACUGCUGCUACCAUUCCCGAUGUUUCCGAGGAUAUUCGCUGUGACAAGGGGGAUCGCCUUCGUUUCACAUCUGAUGUUCUUCAAUUCAAUCAGAUGUCUGAGCUUCUAAAUCAAAAGUCGGCAAUACAGGGAAAAAUUCCUUCUGGCUAUUUUAAUGCUCUUUUUGAUCUGACUGGUGAUUGGUAUCGUGAUGCUCAUAACGUCAAGUAUCUUGCUUUUGAUGGUUAUUUCAUUUCCCUGUUCUAUCUGCACCUUACUGCUUCACACCUCACACUGCAAGAGGAAGUGAAAAAGUCUGUUCCAGCUCAGUGGGACCCAGCUUCAUUAACCACGUUCAUUCAAACAUAUGGAACACACAUAAUAACAGGUAUGGCUGUUGGAGGUCAAGAUGUAAUAUGUGUCAAACAAAAGCAUUCUUCAAAGGUUUCAUCUGGUGAUCUAAGAAGAAAUUUAGAGAACCUAGGAGAUUUUUUGUUUCAAGAUUUAAGAAGCCCUUCUCAACAACAGACUAACACCUCCGCAGAAGCCAAACAAAAAGUUCCUGAGGUCUUCAAUCAAGUGAUGCAAUCAAAUACAACGCAGUUCACCAGCAUUUCAGAAACUUCAAGCAAGGAUGGCCUCACUAUCAUCUGUUCAAAAAGAGGAGGAGAUGUGUUCAAGCAUGGUCACUCAAAUUGGCUCCAGACAGUGGCUUCUAAUCCUGAAGCUAUCCUCUUCAAGUUUGUGCCUAUUUCCUCACUUCUCACAGGAAUUCCUGGAAGUGGCUAUCUUACUCAUGCAAUCAAUUUGUAUUUACGCUAUAAGCCCCUUCCCGAAGAUUUACAAUGCUUUUUGGAGUUUCAAAUUCCAAGGCAAUGGGCACCCAUGUUUUAUGAGCUACCUCUGAGGCAUCAAAGGAAAAAGAGUACUUCCCCUUCCCUGCAAUUUGGUUUCAUGUCUCCCAAGCUUCAUGUCAGUUCUACACAGGUAGUGAGUGAAGAAAAGCCUGUGGUAGGCCUCCGUUUGUACUUAGAAGGAAGAAAAUGUAAUAGACUUGCAAUACAUGUACACCAUCUUUCAAGCCUCCCAAAGACAAUGAUCCACUCUUCAGGCGCAUCUUUGUGGCGAGGAUCUGAUGAUAAUGAAUACUGUGACACCUUUCUGGAACCAAUAAGGUGGAAGGGAUUUGCAAACGUUUGCACAGCAGUGGUUAAACAUGACCCUAACUGGUUGCAAGAAUCAGGUGGGGGUGGGGGUGUUUACAUUGUGGCCGGUGCACAGCUCAUUAGCAAAGGGAAUUGGCCAAAAAAUGUGCUUCACUUGCGCCUCCAAUAUACCCACAUAGCCAAUUGCAGUAUCAGGAAGUCAGAUUGGGGUGGUGCACCUGAGGCUUCAAGAAAAUCAUCUUUCCUCACAAAUUUAAGCACGACAUUUUCAUUCACACAGCAAAGUGUGACUACUUCUCCUCAGAAGCAGGCUCCCACUUCACUUGACUCUGGUGUUUAUCCAGAUGGUCCACCUGUGCCUGUUCGUUCUGGAAAACUGCUUAAAUACGUGGAUACAAGCGAGGUUCUGAGAGGUCCACGUGAUGCUCCUGGACAUUGGUUGGUAACAGCUGCUAAGCUUGUGACUGAGGGUGGUAAGAUUGGAUUGCAGGUCAAGUUUGCACUGUUAGACUACUAGUUAUUCAUUCCAAGUUAGUUCUCUUUUAUGGAUAUGCGUAGAGAGUAGAGAAACAUCGGUAGAUUCAUUUGUUGCUUAAUUUUUUUGUGAACUUAUAUAGCUCACAUGUACAUAGGCAUAUGCUUUCUAAUCACUUUGUACAGUGCAGUAUACAAAAAUGAGAGGUGUUUAACUUUGGCCAAUACAAAAUUAAAAUGUGGCUAUAUGCAUUGGCUUGGU